AGUAUCAUACUAUCAUUUCUCUCUGUACAACUCUUCGCUUGCUCAAUGGACAAAUCUGUCUGGAAGGUUGAUACUCGUAUGAGAUUGAGGGAGUAAAAUAUUUGGAAUUAUAUUAAAUUUGAAAUUAAUUUCCAAAAUUCUAAUUUUUAAAUGAUGAGAGUAAUUUAAAUAUUGUUUGGAGUUACGUAGUGCUCCCUAAUUAUAAUCCUAAACCCUAGGCAAUGACCCAAUGGAGAAUUGCAAAUUUCCGGAGUAUAUAUUCGAUAUACUCAGGCGGUCAAUUCCUACUAGGGUUUAUUAGAUCGUUUAGUUCUAUCAAAGCAAAGAUUUCAACCAGAAUUCUAUUAAGAAUCUUCUUCAUCUCCAGGACAGGACAUGGAGAAUUGCAAAUUUCCAAGGGAGCUGCUGAUUGAGAUAUUGGUAAGGUUGCCCGUAAAAUCUCUUAUGCGAUUUAAGUGUGUCUGCAAAUAUUUGCAUGAUUUGAUAAAAAAGGAUCAUCAUUUGAUGCACAAAUUCUAUGAAAUUAACCGAGAGAAAUACGAUUGUGCUGUUAUAGAAGUCGGAGGUUCAGCUAGGGAAUCCCCUAACAAACUUUUCGGUCUGCUCAAUAAAGAUUCGGAGUGUGAUGAGAUUAGAUGCACAUGCUUAGACAUACCUGGUUCAGUAACAAGAUAUAUGAGUUGCUGUGACGGGAUGCUAUGUUUGAUCCUGGGCAAGGAUGAUUUUGAUAUCCGUUCUUUAAAUUGUUAUUCUGGAGAUAUGAAUUUCAAUGUUUUGAUAUGGAACCCAUUCAUCAGGGAGAUAAAUGUCUUACCGCCUGUUGUCGUUCCUGUUGUUGUUCCUGACAACCCUCCCGCCAUUGAAGAUAUCUACUAUUUGUUGUUUGAAGCAUUUGGAUUUGGGAUUUCGAACAGCAAGAAAUGGAAGGUCGUCAUGAUGUGGUAUUUUGACUAUGAUCCCAAGGAUAUAGACUUCACUUAUGAAAUUGUAAUGGUUUGCAGUCAAGAUACAGGGGAUGGUUCAUGGAGGUGGAGACGGAUCGAUGCUCUUUCAAAUGUGCCUGUGAAAUCUCGUGAAGAUUUUUAUUUUAAGGGAAAAUACUAUUGGCGGGUAGACUUAGAAUGGGGUUGGAAUUUAUCCUUCUCGGAAGAGCAUUUGCUGUGGUUCGACUUGGACGUUGAGGUUUUUGGAAUGAUCCAGUUGCCAACCGUACCUGGUCGUUUGUCAUGUACCGUCAUGAACGAGACUAUUGCUCUCAUUAGUCACUGCUAUCAAAGGAAGCCGUUUGAUGACAUUAACAUUUGGCUAAUGAGUGAAACCAAUGGUCACAUUGAUUGGCAUAAACAGUGGAGCAUCGAUUGUGGUGUAAGCAUACACAAGCACGAGUCAUUGUAUCCGCCAACAGAACAUCAAACUUGGGAAGAAGAUUGGAUUCCCAUUGGAAUUUGGAACCAGGGUGGCCGUUUAUGUCUGUUGGCAUUUCCACUUAUUAGGGACCCUGACUAUAGUGGUUUCAGCAAACAUCGUCGUUUUUCGGGUGAAGACAACUAUAAACCAUACCUUGUUUCAGUCGAUUUGGAAACGCAAGAAAUGAAGCUCAUUUAUUUAACUCAAGAAAGCAAAUGUGUUAAAAUUGUUGCAAAUUCAUCAGGAAGGUAUGUUCAAGUUUUCUCCGAGAGCACUGCUGAAGCAACCCAAUUAUGGACGCGUUCCUUGUCAUCAUGUGAAGCAUGUGCUCGAAUAUAUAAUCCAAGUCUAAAGCUGCUAUAGAUAAUGACAUUGGUGAGUAUUAUUUAGUUCCAGUAAUGUUUCUUACUUUCUUUUCGCUUUCCCUUGAACCGGUUGAGAGCUACGAAGUAUUAUUUUGCUUUGUUAUGAUAAAUAAAGGUUUCAUUUUAGUGCAAUCUUGAAUUUAGUGUUUAGUGUAAUGCAUUUUGGCAUGUGGAGCCA